AUGGAUCGAAGUGGUGCAGGGAUCAAAAAUCAUGGCAUACGUCCUGAUUUGUGCGAUCUAGUGGUCCUGGGGAUAAUCUGUGUGCAAUCCGACGGUGGCGGUGAUUCACAGGCACGAUCAGACAGUAGCUGGAUUUUUGGAGUUCUAUCAGAAGUGUGUCUUCAAUCUGUACUGGGUUUUGGGGCUUAUAAAGUAUGUCCGACGGCAAAGAAGAUUUGUGAGCGCAUCUCAGUGCAUCUAAGAGAGACUGUUUUCACCAUAAAGUUAUUCUUCUUGUUCAAUGUGGGGUUGUUCGGAUCCCUAGUUUUUUUCUCUAUGCUAUUCGUGAAGGGAAAGAAGCGAGUCGACAUUGUUGGAUGGAUUGGUUCGGCCUUUGCAGUCGCCGUAUUCGUGGCGCCUCUGAGCAUCAUGAAACUAGUUAUAAAAACUAAAAGUGUGGAGUACAUGCCAUUUCUAUUGUCCUUCUUCCUGACCCUCAAUGCAAUAGCAUGGUUCUCUUACGGCAUUCUCCUGAAGGAUUUCUUUGUGGCAUUACCCAAUGUGAUGGGCUUCAUGUUCGGAAUGGCGCAGAUGAUCCUUUACUUCAUCUACAUGAAUCACAAGAAGGAUGAACCAAAACCAAAAGUUACCAACCAGGACUUGGAAGCCAUGCCUGCGGCUACUUUGAAUUCGGAUGUAGAACUGGCCAACAAGAAGAGCAUUCCUGAAAAACCCACUGAAAUGAGUGAGCAUCCAGUGGCUGAUCCUUGAAAAUCUGAGGCAUAA